AUGGCUCGAGCUUGUGAGCUCGCGCUGCUUGCCGCCGUCGCCGUCCUCCUCGCGAGCACAGCGACGGCCUUCACGACGCCAUCGUGCAUCAAAGAGGCGCAGCAGCUGGUGAAAGUGCUGGACGCGAAGCCUCAAUUCUACAGCGACAUUUCGACCGAGCUCAAGAAGCUCAUCAAGGCUGUUAGUAAGAUUAAAAACAACGAGAAGCUAUACCGAAUUCACAUUUUUGACGGCCAACUCGACAGCAUGGCCGUCGGGGACGUGCAGAUGACCACGCAGCCCGGCGUGAGCGUGAAGGUUUUCAAGGCGCGCCCGAGCGCAUCGCCCAUGAAGAUGGCGGUCCGCCUUGUCAAGUCGAAGAAGCCGCCGGUUCCGGUGCUGGCGCAUCUGCACACGGGCACGGGGAACUGCUUCGAGGCGUACGGCAUCGGCGGCGUGCUGUCCUAG